AACGAGACACUGAGGUCAUUGCAGAAGUAUCACUUCCUUUUGCAAGUUCUGAUGUUGAACAGAAAAUGAAUAACAUAUAAAAUGUGAAACCUGCAAAACCUUCCUGAGAGUCUACCUCGAUGUCACAAUUUACACAACAUGAAUUUUAUACUUUUUUGUAGAUUCUAGCAACAAUAUGAUUUAAAUGUGAAAAGGUGACUCUAUUAGAGUCAGUCAUGAAAAGGCAAUUAUCCAUCCAGACAGCAGAGCAAGAUGGAGUUAGGAAGCGGCUCAGAAGAUCAUCAGCAGAAUCUGCAGCAGAAAGACCAAGCUCUCCUGCUUGCAGCUGUGUUUCCAUGCAGAGCAAUGCAUCCAUGGAUUUUCUUCACCAAUUAAGUCCAAAGAAAAAGAUCAGUGGAAACAGUUUUGAGAGAGAAAGACCAAACUUAGCUCCACCUAGUUAUCUCUCUGUGGUGAGUGAGGAGUCAGAACUCAUCCAGGAUGAUGAGGAAACUUUCCUACGUUUGCACCCAUUAGCCUCAGUACCUGUGAGGUCCGAGCCACAUGUGCCACAACUCUGCCUGCAGCACCGCAGGCCUCUGGAAAUCUACUGCAAGACAGAUCACACGCUGAUCUGUAAACAGUGCGCGACUGUGGAACAUCGAGGACAUAACAAAAGCUACACACAGACAGCUAGGGACCUGCUGGAGCUGGAUACAUUGACCUUACUUGAGCAAACACUGACCAACAUAGACACAAAAAUGUUUAUGUCGUAUCUGUGUAAAAAUUACCCAGAAUGCUUUGAGACUGCUCAGGUGACAUGUGAUAUCCUGGAAGCAUCUAAACUCAUUCUGGACAGAUUUGGCUCAGAUGCAGCUCCAAAGAUUGCUCUCAAGGUCAUGUUGGAGUUAGGAAAAAGUCAUAAGACCAUCCAAGAUCAUCUUAAAUCUAAACUACAGGAUCAUCUUAGAUCGAAAUUCCAGUGCAUACGUGAAGGGAACGCUCAGCAAGGGAACCCGAUUCUCCUAAACGAUAUCUUCACAGAGCUUCUCAUUACAGAAGAAGGGGAUGGAGCUAUCAAUAAAGAACACGAGAUCAGACAGAUCGAGGAAGCAAGCAGGAACAAAGAAGCUGAAGAGAUUGUGAUAAAAUGCGAAGACAUUUUUCAACCUUUACCUGGGCAGAACAAACGCAUCCGGACCGUGCUAACCAAGGGCAUCGCUGGGAUUGGGAAAACCGUAUCCGUGCACAAAUUCAUCCUGGACUGGGCAGAAGGAAAAGCCAAUCAGGAUAUCCAUUACAUCUUCCCACUUCCUUUCCGUGACCUGAAUUUGAAGGGGAAUGACAAAUAUUGCGUGAUGGAGCUCCUUCAUCAAUACUUUCCAGAACUUAAAGAACUCAGCACUAUAAGAAGCGAGGAAGUGAAAAUCCUUUUCAUCUUCGACGGCCUGGAUGAGUGCCGACUUCCACUGAAUUUCAGGAACAAUGAAAUGUGCUGUGACUUGACAAAGAAAAUCUCAGUGGAUGUCCUGCUGACAAACCUCAUUCGGGGAAAUAUACUUCCCUCUGCUCUUCUCUGGAUAACCUCCCGUCCAGCAGCGGCCGAUCAGAUCCCUCCUGAGUGUGUUGACCAGGUAACUGAGGUCCGCGGGUUUAAAGACUCGGAGAAAGAGGAGUACUUCCGAAAGAGGUUCGAUGAUCAAGACCUUGCUGACAAAAUCGUUGCACACAUAAAGUCUUCAAGGAGUCUCCACAUUAUGUGCCAUAUCCCUGUUUUCUGCUGGAUAUCUGCUACUGUUCUGGAGAAGAUGUUGGGUCAGUCAGACACAGAAGUGCCUAAAACUCUGACCCAGAUGUACAACCACUUUCUUCUCAUUCAGACACACCUGAAAAACAAGAAAUACCACGGAGUGACUCAGGUCGACACUGACCUGCCCGAAUCUGACAAAGAGAUGAUCUUCAAACUGGCCAAGUUAGCGUUUCUGCAGUUAGAGAAAGGAAAUCUGAUUUUCUACGAAGAUGAUUUAACCGAAUGCGACAUAGAUGUUAGCAAAGCCACCGAGUACUCUGCAAUCUGCACAGAAAUUUUCAAAGAAGAGUUCGGAUUGUACAGAGAGAAGGUCUUCUGCUUUGUACAUCUGAGUAUUCAGGAGCACUUAGCUGCUGUUUACGCGCAACUUAAAUUUACGGACAGCCGCGAAAACAUCCUUCAAGAGAACGGCGAGAAUCUGAGCAAUGUGGUGAAGAUGUCAGAUUUGCACAAGAGCGCUGUGGAUAAAGCGCUGAAGAGUGAGAACGGACGUUUUGACCUUUUCUUACGCUUUCUCCUCGGCCUGUCACUCGACUCCAAUCAGGUUCUUUUGAGAGGCCUGCUGCCAAAACUCUGUUCAGAGAGUUUGGAGGACACAGUGGACUACAUCAAGGAGAAGAUAAGAAAGGAGUCAUCGGCUGAAAGGACAAUCAACCUGUUCCACUGUCUAAACGAACUGAAUUACAACUCACUGGUGGAAGAAAUCCGUACUUUCCUGAGAUCAGGCAAGCAGUCAGAGGCGGAGCUUAAACCUGACCAGUGCUCAGCCUUGGCCUAUGUGCUGCUAACGUCAGAGGACGUGAUGAAUGAAUUUGACAUGAAGAUGUGUAACACGUCUCCUGAGGGAUAUCGGAGACUUCUGCCAGUGGUCAAGACCUCGAGAAAAGCCAGUCUUGCAGGUGUCAACCUCACCGACGAAUCCUGUGAGACCCUGGCUUCGAUUCUCCAGUCCGCCAACUCACACCUGGUAGAACUGGACCUGAGCUUUAACAGUUUGGGAGAUUUAGGAGUGAAACUUCUUUGCGCCGGUCUCUCAAAUCCACACAGCAAACUGGAGAAACUGACCCUCAGUCAUAACCAGUUGGAACCUAUCGGAGUGAAGCAGCUGUGCGACUGUCUGAUGAGUCCACACUGUAAACUGCAGACACUUGGAUUGGCUGGUACAAACUUCUCAGAACAAUCGUGCGAAUUAAUGGCUUCAGUUUUCCAAUCUGUGAACUCCCACCUGAAAGAGCUCGACCUCGGCUCCAACACAGACAUUAAAGACUCCGGAGUGAAGCUUCUCUGCACUGGACUGAUUAGUUUGCAGUGUAAACUUGAGAAACUCAGCUUAGACAGAUGUGACCUCAGCCAUGAAUCAUGUGAAGCCUUGAAAACUGCUCUCCAGUCAUCUAACUCGUGUUUGAGAAAGCUGGAUCUCAGCUACAACAAGCUUGGAGACUCUGGAGUGCAAGAACUCUGCGAUGGACUAACACAUCCAAGCUGUAACCUGGACUUACUGGAUCUGAGCUACAACAACCUUGGCCAUUCCGGAAUAAAACUUCUCUCUAAAGGACUGAUGAAUCCAGAUUGUAAACUCAAGAGUAUAAGACUUGCUGAUGUCGGCAUUCCAGAGGAGAUGUGUGAAACUCUGGCCUUGGCUCUACAGUCGGAAAACUCACACCUCAGAGAGCUCGAUCUCAGCAAAAACUACAUUGGAGAUUCAGGAGUAGCGCUGCUCUGUGCUGGAUUAAUCAGCCCAAACUGCUUUCUCGAAAAACUCAGUCUGCGACAGUGUAAUCUGACAGAGACGUCCUGUUCAAACCUGGCCUCUGUUCUGAGAUCACAUACUUGUUUGACAGCGCUGGAGCUCAGAGACAAUGAUGUGAAAGAUUCAGGGCUGAAGCUACUUUGUACUGGUCUUCAGGAUCAGGGAUGCUCGCUGCAGAAACUGGGUCUUUCAGGGUGUUGUGUUACAGAAGACGGUUGCUUUGCUCUAGCUUCAGCUCUAAGCUCAGCUCACUCACAGCUCAGAGAGCUAGAUCUCAGCUACAAUCAUCCAGGAGAGUCAGGAGUGAGACAGCUGUCUGCUGUACGAGAGAAUCCACACUGUAACCUGGAGAAACUGAGUGUGGAUCACUGUGGCGAGUGCAGGAUCAAACCAGGACUAAAGAAAUACGCCUAUGAAAUCACCUUGGACCUGAACACAGCACACCGCACACUUUCUCUAAGUGGUAACAAAAAGGUGAUAAAUACCAAUUAUGAGCAGCCAUACCCAGACCAUCCGGACCGGUUUGAGUACUAUGCCGAGGUUUUGUGCUGGGAGCCUUUGAGUGGUGCUCGCUUCUAUUGGGAAAUCGAGUGGACUGGCAAUGUUGUUUACAUAGGGGUAACUUACAAAGGUAUUAACAGAAAAGGGCGUGGCACAGACUGCAAACUGGGGAUGAAUAAUAAAUCCUGGAUUCUGUUCUGUUCUAAAGAUUAUGGCUGUUAUGUCAGUUACAAUAACAAGGAGACAGUGGUACCUAUGCCACCAAAUCCCUCUAAAAGAAUGGGUAUCUAUUUAGACUGUCAGGCUGGUACACUCUCCUAUUUUAUCAUCUCGUCUGACAGGGUGUAUCACACGUACACGUUUCACACAACAUUCACUGAGCCCCUGUAUCCAGGAAUCCGGGUCUAUCACUAUGGAGACACAGUGACAGUGUGUGAGCUAGAAUGAAACAAGACCAUUCACUCGUACUCUUACUGUAGAGCUUGUCUGGCUUUUAACCUUUAUUUAAAAACAUUCACCAGGUUCCUCAAACCACUGAGCUAUCUUGAUAUGGGCUGGUUUGUGGGCAGUAAACUGUUAUUGACGUAAUAAGAUAUACACAGACCAGGCAUGACAUUAUGACCACCUGCCUAAUAUUGUGUUGGAUCUCCUUUUGCUGGUAAGGCAGCCCUGACCCGUCCUGCACUGUGUAUUCUGACCCCUUUCUAUCAGAACCAGCAUUAACUUCUUCAGCAAUCUGAACAACAGUAGCUCGUCUGUUGGAUCGGAUCACACGGGCCAGCCUUCUAAUCGCUCCCCACAUCCAUCAAUGAGCCUUGACCUCACAUGACCCUGUCACCGGUUCACCACUGUUCCUUCCUUGGACCAUUUUUGAUAGACACUGACCACUGCAGACCAGGAACACCUCACAAGAGCUGCAGUUUUGGAGAUGCUCUGAUCCAGUGGUCUAUCCACCAUCACAAUUUGGCCCUUUGUCAAACUCGCUCAAAUCCUUACACUUGUCCAUUUUUCCUGCUUCUAACAUCAACUUUGAGGACAAAAUGUUCACUUGCUGCCUAAUAUAUCCCACCCACUAACAGGUGCCAUGAUGAGGAGAUACUCAGUCUUAUUCACUUCACCUCUCAGUGGUCAUAAUGUUAUGGCUGAUUGGUGUAUUUAUUCAACAUGAUUUCACUUUUAUUUUUUUAAAUUCAUUUUUAAUGUAGUUAGUGUCUCAACGUCCCAUUAAUUUAAGUAGUUUUAUAAAUUAUAUAAUUUUAUGUGUGUUUGCUGUGUAUGAAAUACAUAGAAUGAAUCUGGAAUACAUCUUUGAUUCAUUAUCCUCAGA